AUGACGAACCUGAGGAGAGUACUAAAAGAAGAUAUUAAACAGAUGGUAGCUGCUGAGGUAAAAGAUGUUACCCAAACAUUAAGAGAUGAAUUUACAGCUACAACUGAUUUUCUUGGUGCUGAACAACAUGACUUAAAAGCGAGCAUUGCCGAGCAAGACAAAAAGAUUAAGCAACUUGAGAGUGAGAAAGUUAACCUGGUAUCGCAGGUAACCGUCCUUAGUAGCCGUCUUGCAUCUGUUGAGAACAUUUCACGCAGUCGCAACCUCGAAAUUCAGGCUGUUCCUGAGAGCAGAAGUGAAAAUGUCCUGUUGCUACUAAAGUCUCUGUGUCAGGUCAUCAAUAGCCCUAUUUUGGAAUCAGACAUCCAUGCGUGUCGCAGAGUUGCGAAAUUCAACACAUCGUCGGAGCGGCCUCGUAAUAUCCUGGUGACUCUCUCCUCGCCGCGUUUACGCGACAACCUGAUCUCCGCCGUGCACCGCUACAAUAAAUCACACCCGAACGACCUGCUGAACUCGAACCACCUGGGCUUGACGGGUGAGACGCGCAGGAUAUUCGUGUCGGAGCACCUUUCCCCUGAAGUCAAGCAACUGCACGCAGCCGCGAGGAAGCGGGCGACGGAGUUGGGUUUUAAAUACGUAUGGGUACGAUACAAUCGAGUUUACAUGAGGAAAGACGACGGUUCCAGUGCGCUACACGUCAAAAACAUGGACACGCUUGCAAAAUUAAGCUGA